UGGAGAGGAAGGCAGCCAACUUAAACACACACACACACUCACACAUGCGUGAAUGAAAACUGGACUUGGACCUGCAGCUGUACACACGCACACACACACACACACACAUUGCAUCAGACGUGGUUUCAUUCAGAUCUGCUGUGACAAGAAGAGGUUCACAGUCUCCACCCCUUCCUGCUCCCAAGGACCUUUGCUUCACAGUGUGUGUGUUUUCUAAACCCGCUCACUCUCAAUCUCCUAACCUGUCAUUUGAUGUGUGUGUAUACCUGCACACACACAAAUACACUCUCUCGCGCUCUCGUCCCAAGAGCGGCAGGUCCCUGGAAGCAGCCAAACUGUCAGUGGCUGUUGCAAACACAUGCUCGCUCUCGGCUCGACUCUUUCUUCAGUCGCUGCCAAGGGAGGAGGAGGAGGAGGAGGAGGAGGAGGAGGAGAAGUAAGGCUGGAAGGAACAGACUGAAACACACAGAUAGAAAAGAGAAAGAGACAGACUUGGACCAACCACUGCCUGGCUGACUGUGUGGGAGACUACAAGUGAUGCCUCGCACUCUCUGGAGCAGCACAUAGUUCUUCAGCUUUCUCUUUCUACAAUUUUAUCUGUGUUCAAAUGAUGAGGAGAGACCGCCUCUUCCUAGCCGCGACCCUCACAGCCAUCUUCUCUGCUGACCUCUACUUUAUCCUCCUGCCAAAGCUGCGCGGCAUGGGGCAGGGAUCGGGACACUUUUGUCCAUGUGGUUCCAUCAACCUCACCCUUCCCAGCCACGGGGGGCUCGCCACCCCGCAGCUCUCCAACUGGACUUCUGCGCCACCUCUAGAUGGUACCACAUCCGAACCCGCUGAUGGGGGCUCCAAGCUGAGAAGGCUGUUUGCUCACCCUCUGUACAACAUCCAGACUCCGGUGCUGGGGCCGGAGGAGAGGCUGCUGCAGGUGGAGCAGCUGAUGGAGUACUACAGGAGGAAGAUGUCACGCUGGGAAAGACAUAUGAAACUCUACAGCGAGGCAGCGGCUUUCUCCAACAUCACUUUGACUUCCCAUAAAGUGACCUACGACCCCAGCGCCAGCUGGCUGGAGUUCCACCUGGGAAUAAACCGCUACGCUCUGUACUCCCGCGAAGACCCAGCUAUCCCACAACUUCUAAAGGACAUGCAGAGCAUGACCGUCGUCAGCUCAGAUUACACUCAAGAUGAGAAGGCCCUAAAAGGAGCAUGUGAUUGUACCCAAGUUGUGAAGCCCAGCGGACAUCACCUGAAACUGGCUCUGAAGAUGCAAAACUUUGCUAAAGCAAUGUUCAAACCAAUGAGCAGAGGGACGAGGAGACUCCAGAAGACGUCUUCUACUUUGUUGAUUUCCAGAGACACAAUGCAGAGAUUGCUGCCUUUCACCUGGACAGCUUCUUUUUGUAGGAUCCUUGACUUCCGGAGGGUGCCGCCGGUGGCUGGCAGGCUGGUGAACCUUACGGGAGAAGUCCUCCAAGUCACCCACAACGAAGACCUACGAGCGGUCUUCUUCACCUCGCCAGCGAACAACGCGUGUUUCUUUGCCAAGUGUCUGUACGUCUGUAAGACUGAAUACGCGGUGUGCGGAGGACCCGACCUGCUGGAGGGUUCCCUGUCUGCCUACCUGCCCGGCCUCAGCAUCGCUCCCCGCAUCUCCAUCCCCAACCCGUGGAUACGCUCCUACACCUUCACUGGGCGAGAAGAGUGGGAAGUGAACCCCUUCUACUGUGACACCAUAAAGCAGCUGUAUCCCUAUAACUCAGGCAACAGGCUCCUCAACAUCAUCGACAUGUCCAUCUUCGACUUCCUCACAAGCAACAUGGACCGGCACCACUACGAAAUUUUUACGAAAUUUGGGGACGAAGGGUUCCUCCUCCACUUGGACAACGCCAAAGGGUUUGGGAAGCACUCUCAAGAUGAGCUGUCUAUCCUGGCUCCAUUAACUCAGUGCUGCAUGAUAAAGAGCUCCACACUGAUGCGGCUCCAACUUCUGGCCCAACCAGAGUUGAGACUCAGCGAUGUGAUGAGGGAGUCCCUGGAGGGAGACCCUUUACAGCCGAUCCUGACAGAGCCCCACCUCUUAGCGCUGGACCGCAGGUUACAGAAGGUCCUAAGAACGGUCCAGCGCUGCGUCCGGAGGCUGGGCGAGGACGAGGUGAUCGCCAAGGACUUUGUCAAAUCCACAGCGAGACCUCAGGCCGCCGCCGGAGAGAAGGGAAAGGACAGCUAACACUGUAGGAAAGGGCUGUCGCUCUUCUUCGUCGACUUCACGAUGAAGCGCAGUGAGCAAACAAGGCUCAGAUGGUUUUAAGGAACAAGCCGUGAAUGGAAAACGCUGUGAAAUCUUCAGAGAAGGAAGGAAUCUCAUUGUGGGACUUUAAACAUUGCAGAUUCCUGUCACAGAGGGAGCCCUGUCUUUUAGUUUAAUUUCCUUCUAUCAGGGUCAUAAAUUCCCCCAUGGGUGCAUUUUAUGACAGAGCUCUCACUCUUCAUGUCCAACUACACCAUCAGCUAGGUUUGGAGUUGAUACAUUUCAAUAGAGAUAUAUUUUAAAAGCCCAAAAGCUGUAAAAGUGUACAGGAUUGAAUACAGGAGCUUUCUUUGAUACCUGAAAUUAAAGUGAUAUGCCUCAAAAUCAGCAAUGGAGUUCAUAUUCACAAGAUAGAGCUGCCAUGCACUGGAUGCGUUGUUUAUCAAAAUGAAUGCUGGUGAAUAUUGUGAUCACUGAAAUAAAGAUGUGUGUGUCCAUGUGAUGUAAUAAUGAUAAAUAAAGUUAUUUUGAACAUAAAUGAUCACCCACAAGUAA